GAAGUUUGAAGGUCCUCAGUCACAUAACAUGAAGAGGACACAUGAGAUGCUUGAGGCUAAAACAGGAGGAUUGGUGAUUUGGAGAUCAGGCAGUUCAAUAGUGAUAUACAAAGGACUAUCAUAUGCAUUUGAUUGUGUAAAAUCAUUUGUUAAACAAAAUAAAGCUAAUUUGGAUACAUUAGAAUUGUCUCGAGAUUCGGUGGAUAACAGUGGAAUUAAAUAUUUGAAUGGAGUACAUGGAACAUCAAAGUCUUAUUCGAAUAGUCUAACAGAAGAAGAAAAGAUGGAUUUAAGUGAGCUCAAUCUUCUUUUGGAUGAGCUCGGCCCGCGUUUUGAAGAUUGGAAUGGUCGUUAUCCUCUUCCCGUGGAUGCAGAUUUAUUGCCUGCUGUUAUUCCUGGAUAUAAACCUCCUUUCAGACGUCUCCCUUAUGGUGUUAGACAGAAUUUAAGAGACAGAGAAAUGACAUACUUUCGUAGGACAGCGCGAGGGAUGCCCCCACAUUUUGCGCUAGGAAGAAACCGAGAGCUGCAAGGUCUGGCUGCUGCAAUGGUGAAGCUAUGGGAAAGAAACGCUAUUGCAAAGAUUGCCAUCAAACGUGGUGUGCAUAAUACAUGCAAUGAAAGGAUGGCAGAAGAACUCAAGGUGUUGACGGGAGGAACACUCUUAUCUCGUAAUAAGGACUAUAUAGUCUUUUAUAGGGGUAAUGACUUCUUGGCACCGGCUGUUACAGAAGCGUUAAAAGAAGCAGAGACACGGAAUACUCUUCAACAAGAACAUGAAGAACAAGCACGACAGGCAGCAGCAACCUCUAUUGUUUCAAACCGUAGGACUGCUAAAAGGCCAUUGGUUGCAGGAACCCUUGCUGAGACCAUAGCAGCAACUUCACGCUGGGCUAACCCACCCAGUAAUCAAGAGAUAGAGAAAAUGAUGAAAGAUGCAGCUGAAGCUAGGCAUGCUACUCUGAUCAGAUUUCUUGAAUACAAGCUGGCUCUUGCAAAUAGGAAAGUGAAAAAGGCGGAGAGGGCUUUACAAAAGUUGCAGAAGAAUCUGGAACCAGCUGAGCUGCCAACUGAUUUGGAAACGUUAACUUCUGAAGAGAGGUUUUUAUUCCGUAAAAUGGGUCUGAGCAUGAAACCUUUUUUGGUUCUAGGGAGGCGAGAGGUUUUUGAUGGCACCAUACAAAACAUUCAUUUACACUGGAAGUACCGGGAGUUGGUAAAGAUCAAUGUAGAACGAAAAACCUUUCCACAAGUGAAACAUUUUGCAAUUAGCCUUGAGGCUGAAAGUGGCGGGGUUCUAGUAUCUAUUGACAAAACUACUCGAGGCCAUGCAAUUAUCCUCUAUCGAGGCAAGAAUUAUCAGCGACCCAGUGAAUUCAGACCUAAAAAUCUUCUAACAAGGAGGCAGGCAUUGGCACGUUCAAUAGAACUUCAAAGAAGGGAGGCAUUAAAACAUCAUAUAUUGGAGUUGAAGGAUAAGAUCGAGAAUAUGAAAUCCGAUCUGGAUGAAACGAAAACUGUGAAGGAGAUUGAUGAGGAGGCCUUGUACUCUCGGUUAGAAGCAUUUGCUGAUGACGAGGACAUGGAAGAGGACUUCACUCCAGCCGGAAGAUAGGAUGUGAUCAUGGUCUGAUCAUGCAGUUUUUUGAGGGAAUAUGAAUUCCAAAUCCAUUUUUCUUCCUUCCAUUUAUUUAAACUUUAUUUUAAAUGCAAUUGUUUGUGGGACUGGCCACUAUGAAGUUGUUUGGUUGGUUGAGGUUGAUUGAUGGUAUAGGGGAGUGGAAGAAAUGGUUCACACAUCCUUUGGUUGAGGUUGGAAGUGACUAAGUGAGAGACAGUCAUGCUGGUAAAUGUUUAGUAAGUGGAAACUUAAUGUCAUUUAGAAUCUUAAUUUAAGACAAUUUUGUCAUGGGAA